AUGGACGACCCGAUUUCUCUGGGCCGCCCGUUCGAAGCUGGGCAAUUAUGGCCAAAGUCACUCUUACCUGACCUACCGGAUGAGCAGAGCAUCUUUGGAAAGCUGGACAGCAAAAUCGAGGCUUUGGAGGCACUAGAACACGACGAUGCCGGAUACUUCAGCCUUGAUUUGGACAUCCCGCACUUAGGAGAUGGAGAUGAAGAGCUCAGCCCACCGCCCGCUGACUUCGAACGUCCGCCAUCGCCUGCUGAUGAGGACCUCGCUGCAGCUGAAGACGACCUAGUUUGGAACUUCGACCCUGAGAAGGAUGACAGACCUGAGCUGCCCAGACUCUGUACCUGGGAAUAUUUUGAAAGGAAAACUCAUGCAGCUGUAGACGGGGCUACUUAUCUUUCAGAAGCGGGACCAGCUGCCUUCGAUGCGUUAACCAAAUCCUUCGAGACAAGCAUUGGAGUACUGCCGCAGGAUUACGCUCUCAGAUCACUAUGCUUGUUGGCUCUUGGUCGCUCAUCUAGUCUGUUCCAGUGGAACCAUGACGAGGACAAAUUCACGGCAAUGCUGGAAGACGCGGUGAUGACUGGAACAAGUUUAAGUUGCUCAAGCAGCUUGAUGAAGGACCUGGUGGCAGCGGGUACCAUGAUUGUGAAACUUCGCAGUUUUGCCAACUCUUCUCGCAUCUCAAAUGUUUGCCCUGCAGCAGUGGCAUUGCGAUCAUGCGUGGCCCUCAUUCUUGACGCCGUCGAGGAAAACAUAUCCCGCGGAGUGAGCAGUGUGCGGUCGGCGCUUCAAUUGCAGCAGCUGGUGAAGGGUCCUGCAACAUUGCUUCGGCUUCUCAUCGCGAUGUGCGAAAGAACAAAGGCGUUUAAUAACGACGAGGACUUUCUGUCGCUAUUGUCGGAAUUCGUGCAAGAACUGGCCGAGCGGGAACCACAAUUCUGUGCAAUCUUGCAGUCCAUCUUGGCCAGGGUUUCAGCUCCUUGGUUGGAGGAACUACUUGCAGAUCUCGGUUUAAGUCGCCAAGUACCAGGUCGUCGUGAGGCAGGACCUGAUACACCGGUGCUUGAACAUGAGCAGAGACAUGGAUUUCUGAGCGCGGAUGAUCGAGAUCUUGUACGAGUCACGAAAGAUGCCGUCACUCUGCUCAGAGAGCAUUCACCCGAUCACGCGCUACUGGUUUGUGGCAGUAAAGUCAUUUCCAGUCGUCUUGUGGGCAUGAACAACCACUCGUCACAAGGAGACUAUGUUGCUAAGCAAUACGAAGAAGAAGCAGCAAAUGCCAUGGUGAGAAGUGACAAACCAGCAACUAGUGCUUUUGAUGAGGAUGUAUCUGGUGGUGAGCCUAGGGAUGCCCUUCCUUGGGAUGAACUCCAUCUUUCGGAACUGGAUGUUUUGAUGUCUGAAGCACCCGGAAAGAAGGCGACUGGUUCUGAGAAGCUUUACGAUGAUGUGCUCAACGUCCUGUCAGCCAAUGCCGUAGAAAGCUCAUUGGAGCUUCUAUAUACCUCAGCUACUUUGUCACCUAUAGAGCACUUCCGGCCAGUCAUCAUCGUCCAGCAUAGGCUGGUGAGUGGAGUGCUUCUGCGACAAUUACUGCGACAACACGAGCUACACAAGCAACUAGAACUUCAGCGUUCCUUCCAAAUGCUCGGAAAUGGCACCUUUGCUGCUCGAUUGUCGAGGGCUCUGUUUGACAAAGAUGUACAAUCUGCUGAAAGGAAGCGCGGCGUGAUCCCUACUGGAGACGAUCUAGGUCUUCGUGUUGGAGCUACGAAAGAUCAAAGAUGGCCACCAGCAAGCUCAGAACUGCAGCUCUCGCUUAUGGGUCUCUUGGCUGAAGCAAGCAACAGCGAGCAUACAUCAUCUGCGCAGGCUUCAGUCUUGAGCUUUGCGAUACGCGAACUACCAGAGGAGGAAAUCGAACAAGUCCUUGAUCCUCAUUCAAUACAUGCCCUGGACUUUCUCAAGAUUCAAUAUACAGCACAAGCACCACUGGACUCAGUGAUCACAACAAUAUCACUUCGCCAUUAUGAUCAGAUCUUCCGCUUCCUGUUGAAGCUGUUAAGGCUGCUGCACGUCACAGCAGAACUGCCCAAGACUGCACCAAACAGUCGCUGGGAGCCUGUUGACGCUGAGACACUAUCGUUUGCGCAUCGAGCUAGAGAAUGUGUCACUGUACUUGCAGACCACUUCAUGAGCAUCGGGAUCACUCCUCCCUGGCAGAUUCUCAUCGCUACCAUAACGUCGCUUGAAACUGAUCUUCAGUCCGAGGAUGAGAGCGGAACUUUUGGCGCGAAAGCUGCUAUGGAUAUUGAAGGUCUGCGUCAUAUGCACGAGGCGUGUCUAGACCGCAUUCGUACCCGACUCUUUUUGAAGAAGAAACAGCAGAAAUUGUAUCGCGGUAUAGAGGAUGUGCUGAGUAGCAUACUCAAGUGUGCGACGGGGUUGCAGACGGAAACCACAGAUACCGUGGACAGAGCAGAUCACGAGCGUUUUCGUCAGGACCUCGUGCAUCUGCUGAAUGCACUGGCUGAAACAGUCGAGAAGCCAGCGAAGACAACUUCCGCUAUGGAUGCGGAGGAUGCCGACAUGACCCGGGUCUUGUUGUCGAAGUUGGACUGGAAUGGAUAUUACACUGGUAUCAAUCAUGCGCGUAGCACAGCAUGA